AAUUUUUUGUGCCAAAAAAAUUCAAUAAUUGAAAAUGAUAAAAUUUUUUCCACUAUGUCUAUGGGCUAUUGUUCUAAUCAUAUUAACAUUGUUGAUUUGGAACAAUGUUAAUGGACAAUUAUUUCGUCCAGGACAAGAACCACAAAAUGUGAUAAAUUCCUUAUUAACACCGAUCCUGUUACGAAGUGAAUGUUCGGCAGCAGUCGAUAAUCGAAUGGGACUUUGCAUGCCAAAAAGUGCUUGUCUUAGUUCGGGUGGAUAUGUUGCUGGUACUUGUGGAUAUGGUGUUCUUUCAUGCUGUGUUUAUCAAGGAACAUGUAGAGCUGUAGUGACAUCGAAUGAAACAUAUUUUGUAUCACCAAAUUAUCCAAACCUAUUGACCGGACGUGUAGAUCCACCAGUGUGUAUAUUUACAUUACAACGUAAUCCAUUGAUUAUUAAAUUUCCAGUCUGUCAAAUUCGUAUCGAUUUCGAUGAAUUCAGCCUAGCUCCGCAUUAUAAUGGUGCAUGUGGUAAUAGUAUUACUGAUUCAUUUCAAGUUUCAGGUGCUUCCAACUUUAAUCAAUCCGGAUUACCAAUAUCGGGCAUAUGCGGUGAAAUGACUGGCCAGCAUAUCUAUCUGGAUGUUGAUCCGGAAAAAACCGACGAACCAUUAUUGUUGAUUGUCAAUACGGCCAAUCAACAAGAAUAUAAUCGUAAAUGGAGUAUUCGUAUACGACAGAUUCCUUGCAAAUCACAAUAUCGAGCACCACCAGGAUGUUUACAAUAUUAUACAGCAUUGAAUGGAAAUAUCGAAAGUUUCAAUUAUCGUACAACAAAUCUACCGGUAGUAACAUCGACAACACCCGGAUCAGUACAGCCAGUGGAAACGAGAAUUGCAAAUAAUUAUCUAAAUAAUUUGAAUUAUGGUGUUUGUAUUGCAAAACAUCCACGCAUUUGUGCCAUACGUUAUUCGGCUAUUGAAUUUGAUUUUGGUGGCAGUUUAGCUGAUAGUUCAACACCUGGUGAUCAAUGCAUAUCGACAACAACAUUAGCAUCGGAUGGAGAUUUUCUUACUAUACCAUUAGGUACCGAUCAAUUAAAAUCCAAUUUGAUUGAUCGUUACUGUGGACAAAGAUUUUCUCCAACACCAACUGCCGCAUUAAUUAAUGCCGAUGUUUAUUCUUAUAUAAAUCCAUAUGUAAUUUAUGUACAUACCGAUAAUAAUCCAAUUGCCGAUGGUAAUACUAUUUCAAACCAAAAAGGAUUUCUAUUGAAAUAUAUGCAAAUACCAUGUUGAUUGCCUUUUUUUAGUCCAACCAUAAAUU